GAAGAAAACGACCGUCCUCGUCCUGGAGCCUCCGAGUCGGUUCAAAACAGGGAAGCUUUAAGGGAAAAACCCGAGACGCGUUUUUCCUCAUACUGCUUUAAAUAUGACGACUAAAGACGAUUCGCGGAAACACGAUAAAUAAAGGAAAUAAAUACUUUUUCAUUUUACACGCAGUAAAUCUGCACUGUGGUCCGACUCUGAGGGGUGGGAAGGGCUGUGAGCGCUUAUCGGGCUUUUAAUUGGAAUAAUUAAUUAAGUGAAUAAUUUAAAUCGAGUUCAGAGCGAAACGCUCGGCGACGCACCUCCUCCAGCGGGCGGUGUAUCACUCCGCCGCUGGUUUGUUUAUUUGCUGCGUGGGGAUCUAUUUGUUUUGAAAGUGUGUGACAGUCGCGCUCAUAGUGAACUUAGCUUCCUCCUCGGUGGCCUCCCCCUCGGUCCACCUUAAAUAGCGCAGCAGCUGCACUCUAACUACUUCGCUACUUAAGGUGGACCGGGGAGAUUCGAGCGAGAAGCCGGCGAGUAGCGCCGUAUCCCUCCGCGCUCGGUUCUCUGGGCUACAAAAACGUUUUUUGGGCUCCGGUCGAAGCCACGGGGUUUUUUCUCUCGCUGUAAAGCUCGACGGCCGGACCGAAGCCCCCGACUCCGAAGAUGUCUCUGGUGGAUCUGGGGAAGAAGCUGCUUGAGGCGGCGCGCUCCGGGCAGGAUGACGAGGUUCGGAUCCUCAUGGCUAACGGUGCUCCAUUCACUACAGACUGGUUGGGGACGUCCCCGCUACACCUGUCUGCUCAGUACGGUCAUUACUCCACCACCGAGGUGCUCCUGCGUGCUGGCGUCAGCCGCGAUGCGCGGACAAAAGUGGACCGGACCCCUCUGCACAUGGCGGCUUCAGAGGGCCACGCUCGCAUCGUGGAGGUGCUGCUGCAGCACGGUGCUGAUGUUAACGCUAAAGACAUGCUGAAGAUGACCGCUCUUCACUGGGCGGCGGAGCACGGUCACCGUGAUGUGGUGGAGCUGCUGCUGCGUUUCGGCGCAGACGUCCACGCUCAGAGCAAGUUCUGCAAAACUGCGCUGGACAUUGCGCUGGACAACAACAACGAGGAACUGGCCGAAAUACUGCAGGUGGCCAUGCAGAAUCAGAUAAACACUAACCCGGAGAGUCCAGACAUGCUGACUAUCCACACAGCUUCGCCGCAGUUCAUCAUCGGACCUGGAGGGGUCGUCAACCUGGCCGGACUCAUCUCUCCUGGCAAUCCUGCCAAAUCCGCAGUGAUGGCUGCAGAGGAAGUCGUAGCGGCGGACUCCGUAGAUGGAGCCAUCCAGCAGGUCGUCAGCUCUGGAGGUCAGCAGGUCAUCACCAUAGUAACCGACGGCAUUCAGCUGGGCAACCUGCAGACGGGCGGAGCCAUCGGCCAGCCAAUCAUAGUCACCAUGCCUGACGGACAACAAGUGCUGACGGUUCCAGCCACAGACAUUGCGGAGGAGACGGUGGUGAGCGAGGAGCCGUUGCUGAAGCGGCCACGAGUGGAGCUGGAGGAGGGCGAGGAGGAGGAGAGUAACGUCAGUCAGACGCAGGAGAUAAAGGAGAAGGUGGCGCUGUUGAAGCAGUUGGAGGAAGCGAACAGAGAAGCGCAGAAAUAUCGGCAGCAGUUCCUGAAGAAGGAGCAGGAGGCCGAGGCUUACCGGCAGAAACUGGAAGCGAUCACACGCCAAGGAGGGAAGAAAUCCGCGUGAUGAGCACAAACCAGACUCUGCCAAACUGAUGUUAAUGUACUUUUUAAAAAGACCACCCGUAGACCACCGCCGUGGUCAGAGACACUCCAGAAAUGGCUGGAACUGCAGCGGAAACUGGGAAAUCAGCCGGACUGGAGGAAACCGCCGCAGACAUCCGGCAGCGGAGCGUGAUCUGCUUUUAACCUGAUUAUAAUAAUACAGAUAAUUCUCAGUGUUGGAGGUGUUUCAGCCUUAUCUCGGUCUGGUGUAUCUAUAGUGUAGAGAUGAUUACCACAGAAAACACUUUGAACACGUUUCCAUGAAUUUAGAAGAUGCCAGAAAAGCCCAGGACUCAAAAUGGACUUCUAAUAGAAGUCAGUGGGCAGAUGUGAAAGCUGUUCUUUUCAAACACAGUUCAGAUGCAACAGGGCGAAAGAGAGACGAGCUCAUUUAAAGCUUACGUUGGACUGUGGGAGGAGUUUGGAGAGGAGGAGGAGGAGGAUGAUGAUGAUGAUGAUGAUGAUGAUGAAUGAGAUGUUUGUUUCUUUAGACUCUGAACAGCCAAAGAAGUGUAGAACAUCAGUGUGGGGCUGCGCAAUAUGGACAAAAUAUCAUAAUGCAGUCAGAAUUAUUAAUUAUGGUUUAUUAUUAUUAUGAUGAUUUUUUAUUAUUGUUGUGAUUAUUAUUCAGAAAUAAUAAUCGUGACUGCAGUUCACCUCAAUAAUGUGUGGUGAAAACCAGCGCUGUGGCUGUAUGUCCGACAUCCAUGUGUGUAGUUUUUCAUGUUUUGAAUUCUCUUAGACUUUUAUUUUAUAAUUUGUGUAUUAUAUCUGUGUAUUUGGGUGGACAAUAUGGCUAAAAUGAAAUACUGCAGUACUUUUUCCACGAAAACAAUGUUUGGAUUUCUGGUGAAUUGAAACAGGAGCUGCACCAGUAAAAGUCUUUCAGAAACUGAGCACGA